AACAAAACAAAAAAAUGUUUAGAUUCUUUAGAAAGAGAGUUGAUGACAAAUGCAAAAAGACAAGUUGAAGUUGGGGAACUCGUUCUCAACUGAAACUCCAACGACAACCUCUUCCUUGUUCUCACCACCAUUACCAACUCUCUCUCUCUCUUCUAUUAAACUCAAAACUUGAAGCUUCAAUUAUAGUUGAUAGUAGUAGUUGCAACACUAACUAUAACCAUGAGUCCCUACAUUGUUGGAGUGAUAGUCCCUCUCUUAGUCACUCUCCUCUUCCGCAAUAAGGAUCCCAAACGCCGCGGGGUUCCCGCCGACGCCGCCGGCCUGGUCAUACGGAACCACCGGUUCAGUUCUCCGGUGAGUUCGGCGUGGGAAGGAGUGACCACACUGGCGGAGCUGUUCGAGGAUGCGUGCAGAAAACACGGAGAGAGGUUGCUUCUGGGGACGCGGAGACUGGUGUCAAGUGAAGUGGAGAUCAGCGAGGAUGGAAGAUCCUUCGAGAAGCUUCACUUAGGAGAUUACCAAUGGCUCACAUACGACAAAACCUUCGAUGCCGUUUCGAACUUUGCCUCUGGACUCGCCACACUCGGACAUGUCAGAGAAGAACGUGCUGCCAUCUUCGCUGACACUAGGGAAGAGUGGUUCAUCGCCCUUCAGGGUUGUUUCAGGCGAAAUGUGACGGUUGUGACUAUAUAUGCAUCGUUGGGAGAGGAAGCUUUAUGUCAUUCAUUGAAUGAGACAGAGGUUACAACAGUGAUUUGUGGGAAGAAAGAAUUGAGAACACUUGUUAAUAUUAGUGGACAACUUGACUCGGUGAAACGUGUGAUAUGCAUGGAUGAUGAUAUCCCAUCUGAUGCCUCAUCUGUUGAACAUGGCUGGACAAUCACUUCCUUUACUGAUGUUGAGAAACUUGGUAGAGAAAAUCCUGUUGAUGCUGAUUUACCUCUUCCUGCGGAUGUUGCAGUUAUAAUGUAUACAAGUGGAAGUACAGGAUUACCUAAGGGUGUAAUGAUGACACAUGGCAAUGUCUUAGCUACGGUCUCUGCUGUGAUGACAAUUGUUCCUAACCUUGGGAAAAAGGAUAUAUAUCUAGCAUACUUACCAAUGGCUCAUAUUCUAGAAUUAGCAGCUGAGGUAUGGGGAUGUACUGUUGGGGUUGCUAUAGGAUAUGGAUCUCCUUUGACCCUAACUGAUACAUCAAACAAGAUAAAAAAAGGAACAAAUGGGGACGCUACUAUGUUGAAGCCGACAUUAAUGGCGGCUGUGCCAGCAAUUCUUGAUCGUGUUCGUGAUGGAGUGUUCAAGAAGGUAAAUGCAACAGGAGGAUUAUCAAAGAAGUUGUUUGAUUUAGCCUAUGCAAGGAGGUUGCAUGCAGUUAAUGGUAGCUGGUUUGGAGCUUGGGGAUUGGAAAAGGCUCUCUGGAAUUUUCUUGUGUUUAAAAAGGUUCGAGCAAUUCUGGGUGGUCGUAUCCGAUUUAUACUGUCCGGCGGUGCUCCUCUUUCUAGUGAUACUCAGCGAUUCAUCAAUAUAUGUCUUGGUUCUCCAAUAGGUCAAGGAUAUGGACUUACAGAGACUUGUGCUGGUGCGACAUUCUCUGAUGUUGAUGAUACAUCUGUUGGCCGUGUUGGACCACCUCUUCCUUGCUCGUUUAUUAAGCUAAUUGACUGGCCUGAAGGUGGAUAUUUAACCAAUGACUCACCAAUGCCCCGUGGUGAAAUUGUAAUUGGUGGUCCAAAUGUCACUCUUGGGUACUUCAAAAACGAAGAAAAGACAAAAGAAUCGUACCAGGUUGAUGAAAAAGGAAUGAGGUGGUUCUUCACUGGUGACAUAGGGAGAUUUCAUCCAGAUGGUUGCCUUGAAAUCAUUGAUCGUAAAAAGGACAUUGUUAAACUGCAGCAUGGAGAAUAUGUCUCCUUGGGAAAGGUUGAGGCAGCUCUUAUUGUCAGCCCCUUUGUGGACAAUAUUAUGUUGCAUGCUGAUCCUUUCCAUAGUUACUGUGUGGCACUUGUGGUGGUUUCUCAGUCCACAUUGGAAGAAUGGGCUUCGAAGCAAGGAAUUCCUUAUCUUGAUUUUUCCGAACUGUGCAUGAAAGAAGAAACUGUGAAGGAGGUGCUUGCGUCACUUGUAAAGGAAGCAAAGAAGGCUCGUUUGGAGAAAUUUGAGAUUCCUGCAAAAAUUAAAUUGCUUUCAGAACCAUGGACUCCUGAGUCGGGACUAGUCACUGCUGCUCUCAAGAUCAAGAGAGAGGCCAUCAGAAAGGCUUUCCAUGAAGAACUCUCCGAGUUAUAUGCUUCAUAGGCUAACGAGCAAACUUGGAUCUGUUUACUCCUCCCAUUGAAACAUGCUACUGAUCUUUUUACCCUUUUCCUAUUUAGUUGUUUCCUUUUUUCUUUUUCUUUUUACCUGGGCAGGGGUUGAGGUGAUGUGAGGUUUUGUAUCGUCGUUUUUUUUUUUUUUUUUUUCCUAAUUAUU